AUCAACAAUCAAAGGUUUCGUAUUAUCGGUGUGAUAAAUGAUUUGUCAAAUUAUAUAUAAGUGGUGCUUUGAAUAUUUAAUGAAUAGUCUGAUUCGGGCGACGGGAGAAAUGAACAUAAAAUACGGAAUACUUUUUGUGGCGCUCUUUGCGGCUGCCUGGGCCCUCCCCAAGCCUGAAGAUGACAUGUCCAUCUUCUACGAGCAUGUGGACCGGAACGCUCGUAUUGUGGGGGGUAGCCAGGCAGCUCAGGGCAGCCACCCCCAUAUGGUAGCAAUGACUAAUGGUAUCUUCAUCAGGAGCUUUGUCUGCGGAGGCUCAGUGCUCACCGCACGCUCGGUGCUCACCGCUGCUCAUUGCAUUGUUGCUGUAUUCACACUUGGAAGUCUCUCUGGAAAUCUUCGUCUGACAGUCGGCACAAACCAAUGGAACUCUGGAGGUUCUCUCCACACUGUCUCCAGAAACAUCACCCACCCUCACUACGUGUCCAAUACCAUCAAGAACGACUUGGGUAUUCUCAUAACUUCCUCGAACAUCGUUUUCAAUAACCGCGUCAGGCCUAUCUCUUUGAGUUUUGACUACGUACCUGGAGGCGUCCCUGUCAGGGUUGCUGGAUGGGGAAGAGUUAGGGCUAACGGUGCUCUCUCCACGAAUCUUCUGGAGAUCAAUGUGAGAACCAUUGAUGGUCAGACUUGCGUGAGGACUGCGGCCCAGGCGGCCAUUGACCUUAACGUGAGGGCUCCUCCUGUCGAACCUCAUAUCGAGCUCUGCACAUUCCACGCAGAAGGAACUGGUACUUGCAAUGGUGACAGUGGCAGCGCAUUGGCUCGGACCGACAGCGGUCUCCAAGUCGGCAUCGUGUCGUGGGGCUUCCCUUGCGCACGGGGAGCUCCUGACAUGUUCGUCAGAGUCAGCGCCUUCCGGUCCUGGCUGCAACAAAACAUCAGCUAAUUAAACUGUACUUUAAUCAAGAAUACCAUGAUUUUUUUGUAAAUAAACAAAAACCAAUAAAGUUUAUUCUCUUUUA